AUGGGGCCCCCGGGCAAUAGGGGAUCAUACGGCCCCUGUGUCCUUGCCCAAACUCAAAAAAGCCUAUGCAAAAGGUAUGGUAUGUGUGAUGUCCUCCUCCUCUACAUGCCAGCAAUGUUGAUGCUUCGGGAGAGGAAAAUACAGAGAGCAAGGGCGGACUGACAACUCAUGGGGCCCCCGGGCAAUAGGGGAUCAUGGGGCCCCUAUGUCCUUGUCCAAACUCAAAAAAGCCUAUGAAAAGGGUACCAGGGGCAUCUCAUGGGGCCCCCUACUGACCCCGGGCCCUUGGGCAGUGCCCGAGUUUCCAAAUGGUCAGUCCGCCACUGAC